CAUCAAUGUCGCAAGGUGGCAGCAUUGAUUAUUCCGGUCAGAGGUCAACACAAACAUGGCCGCCGCACAAGUUCAGAAAAAGAACUUCGCAGUCCAAGGGAAGAUUGAACCUUUCUUCACUGGAGGAAAAGUACAGCUGUCUGCAGAUGGCCGGCACCUGUUCUGCACCUGUGGCUCCAAGGUGCAGGUGCUGGAUGUUCAGACAGGCAAGGUGCAGACAUCUGUGCAACAGGAUGAUGAUGACUUGUCCUGUUUUGCCUUGAGCCCAGAUGACAAGCAUUUGGUGACAGCCCACCGUAGCCUGCUGCUGCGUCAGUGGGACUGGACAGACUCCCCGCCCAGUUGUACCCGCACAUGGAGGGCCAUCCACAUCAGCCCCAUCUCCUACAUGACCUUUGACACCACCUCCACCCUGCUUGCCACAGGUGGAACAGACAGCACCAUCAAAGUGUGGCACGUGAUCCAGCAGUACUGUACCCACAACCUGAAGGGGUGUCAGGGGGUGCUCAGUGUGGUAGCCUUCCAUCCAGACAUCACCAAGGCCCAAGUGUAUGGAGCAGCCAGUGACUACAAGAUCCAUGUGUGGGACCUGAACACCAGCAAGUGCAUAGCUUUGUUGGACAAACACUACAGCACAGUGACAUCCCUACAGUUCACACAAGAUGGGAAAACACUGCUGGCUGCAGGCAGGGACAACAUCGUCACCAUGUGGGACGUCACCAAGUUUCAAGUACUCAAAACCAUUCCAGUGUUUGAGAGUUUGGAGUCUCUUGUGCUCCUACCUGAACACCAGGACUUCCCCGAACUGUGUGUAAAGAAAGAAGAUGGCCUCCAUUUUGUAACAGCAGGAAGCAAAGGGGUUUUGAAAGUAUGGAGUUCACAGAAAUCCAGGUGCGUGUUCUCCCACAAAAGACCCUCCGCAGAGACCGGUGAGAACCAGUCCAAACCGGACCAGUCGUACCUCCUGACUCAGACGCUGAUGAACACACAGACAGACACCAUCGCUACGGUCACAUACGAUCAUAACAUCCUGUUCUACAAACUACAGGACUUCAGUCUGACAAAACAGUUUGUUGGGUACAAUGAUGAAGUGUUGGACAUCAAGUUUCUGGGAGAGGAUGACUCGCACAUCGCUGUGGCGACGAACAGCGAGCAGGUCCGAGUGUUUAACCUGGCGACGAUGGACUGUCAGAUACUGUACGGGCACACUGAUAUUGUAUUGAGUCUGAGUGUGUUCAAGAAAGGCCAGAUGUUUGCCAGUAGUUCUAAGGAUAACACAAUCAGGCUGUGGAGGUUUGAUGCAACUUCUGGGAAGGUCCAUUGUGUUGGCAUGGGAACAGGCCACACCCAUGCAGUCAGUGCAGUGGCAUGUGCAAGACUGAAGCCUGUGUUUGUGGCGAGUGUAAGUGUGGACACCACACUGAAGCUGUGGGCCGUCCCCCCUCAGGCAGAACUUUCAGCAGUGGAACACACUCCCAUUCAACUACAGGCUACUGCUACAGAGAGGGCACACGAAAAGGAUAUCAACUCAAUAGCCGUGUCACCCAAUGACAAGCUGUUGGCUACAGGGUCGCAGGAUCGCACAAUCAAGCUGUGGAGAGCCCAGGACCUACACGUACUCGGGACUCUGCGAGGACACAAGAGAGGCAUCUGGUGUGUGGACUUCUCUCCUAUGGACCAGGUGGUUGCCAGCAGUUCUGCUGAUGGAACCAUUAAGAUCUGGUCGCUGGCUGACUUCACCUGCUUGAAGACCUUUGAAGGUCAUGACUGUUCCGUCAUGAAGGUGAUUUUCCUCAGUAGAGGCGCACAGCUGCUCUCAAGUGGGUCGGACGGACUGAUAAAACUUUGGACCAUCAAGAACAACGAGUGUGUCCAGACGUUUGACCAACACGAGGACAAGAUCUGGGCGCUUGUUGCUAACAGCACCGAGACAAGCGUGGUCUCCGGGGCCGCAGACUCCAACAUCAUCAUGUGGAAGGAUGUCACAGAAGAGGAAGAGCAAGAAGAAAAGGCAAAAACAGAGGAGCUCAUCCUUAAAGAGCAGGAACUUUCCAACCUGAUCCAUGAGGGAAGGUUCCUGAAGGCGAUCGGCCUGGCCAUCACACUGGAACAGCCAUACAGGGUACUCACCAUAGUAACAGAUAUCUUGAAAAAACCUGAAGGCAAGUCCCAGUUGGAGAAGACUUUGAAAAAACUUCGAGAGGACCAGAUUGAUGCUGUGUUAAAGUUCGUGGUCCAGUGGAACACCAACUCCCGUAACUGCCACCAGGCACAGGCUGUUCUAUCAAUCAUCCUGAAACAUUUCCCCCCAGACCAAUUGGCCCAGUUUCCCAGCAUCAAGACUGCCAUCGAGGGCUUAGUGCCUUAUACAGAGCGUCACUUCCAGCGUCUGAACCGGCUCUUGCAGCAGUCCAUGUUUGUGGAGUACACCUGGCAGCAGAUGAGGAUGGCCACAGAGCAGGGAUCUACCGAGCCGGAUCAGUCUUUGCAAACUGAUGAAGACAUAAACAUGGAGGACACCAGCAACGGAGGCGUGGCUUUCUCUUCGGACCCUACCGAACAGAAGCCUGACGUAUCGGCUGAGCAAAUCAACACAGACAAAGGCAUCACCAGAACUGAGCCAACAAAACAAGUCCAAGAGUUAGCGGCAUCCGAUUCUUCAUCAGAGGAGAGUCUCUCUGAGUCUGAUUUGUCGCCAGACACAGACGCACCAGUCAUGAUUGUAGAUGUGAAGUUGGAGCCAGGAACUGAAGAUACAACUGAGCAAAGUAGCGAUACUAAAAGUGUUGGACAAUCCACGGGAAAGAAAAGCUCCAGCCAAGAAGACAGCUCAGAAGAAGACUGGGACGCCGUCCUAGCCGCCAUGCGGAAAUCAGACGCAAACAAAACUAAGGGACCCGCAAAGGGCAAACCCUCUGCCAAACAGGGACAGAAAAACAAAACAUGUCCUGUUAAAACUGCAGACUAUUCAAACAAGAAGAGAAGAAAGUCUAGUUCCAGAUAAGCAAGAAGCUUUCUUUAACACCAUGUGGUGACUUAAGUACUCAGGUCUACUGUACUUGGUUCUAAUUUCUGCACCUUUUUUCACUACUUUGUAGAGACCUUGUACAAGAGAUAUAAAUAAAGACAUUUACUAAUCUAGUGUCUAGGGCUAUAUCACAUUAAUCAUUAGACCCACGUGCAACGUCAAUAUUCUUCAGAACUUUAUUGUACAAGAAAUUUCUUCUUAAGUUGGAUGUGAGAAAAAUCCAGAGAAGUUUGACAGAAUAUAAUACUUUUGUUACUUUGCCAAAUGUCUAUAGCUCAUAAAAACUACAUUUGAUAUUGUAACAUUUCUAUCACACUUUGGGCUAUAGAAUUUAAAAGAUAAUACUGAUACAUAUACAUGGUGCAUUGAUAUACAUGAGUUUAGAUUAUAUCAAAACACAGCUCCAAUAAA